AUGUACAACGAUAGCAAACGCUUCCAAAGUCGCAACCAUGGUUCAUUGCGCGAUGAACCAAAUGCCGUCGGCAUGUUGCCGGACAUGGCGACCGCACGGAGCGAGAUGGAGAAAUGUUUUCCCUACUCCAUCCUGACGAAGAAGCACCAAUUGCUGCAGGCUGUCGGUGGAGCUAGUGGCACCGCCGCCAGCAGUUGCAUCGGUAUUGCGGGUGUAAAACCGUCACCACCUCCUCCGCCUCCUCUUUCUGCUGCUUCUGCUAUCCCGCCGAGCUAUCUCAGUGCUGCACUGCUACCGGUGGUGGCAACGGCCGGAUUGCGGGAGGGUACAACAGCACCCACCGUGCCGGUGGGAGUGAUCAAUCCCGUUGCGAUGAGUGCUGCCACGAACUCCACCACCGGCAGCACGUUCGAACCGAUUGCGGAUGUGAAUGGAUUUUACGGCAAUGCGAUGGUGACCGAUGUGGGCAUUUGCUUCAGCAUGAGUAAUGUGAACCUGAACGGACACGCGCCACCAAUUCCGCUCGCUCCAUGCCCGGAUGCAGCGCGUCUCAAGCCAGCCCAUUUCGGGCCGAACAUGCCCAAACGUUCCGCACUCGAGCGACGCAAAUCGUACGAAGAUCCUGGGCCGGAAACUGCGCUGCUGAAUGCACGUCGGCGUGCGGCAGCGUUCGUACCGGUGGCGGUCAAUGGUGCUCGGUUUAGCUCGAGACACAUUCUGGGAGGGACGGUUCAACCGACACCCAGCGCUGUGUCACCGCUUCAUCAUCAGCAUCGCCCACAGCAACCACCGUUCUUUCCUGCUUCGACGGUGUAUCCUUUGGCGCAUCAUCCGGCAGCCAUCGUGCUGCCGAACCAGCCACAGUUGCCAAACAUUCACCAGCAAGUGCAACCGACACUGCCACGACAGCGAUCGCUCGGGUUGGUCGGUAAAAGUGCGUACGGUAUCGUUCGUUCGACUAGUUCGGAUCGGGUGCGCGGCACGGGAUCGCCGUCGAUCAAUCCGGCGGGUAGUGGUGGUACGUCUACGAUAGGCGCGUUCGGCAGUCUUGGUAUGGCACGAUCAUCUCCGCCAUACUUCAAGCAACCACCCGGUGGAGCGAAACCGUCGUCCGUUGGCUACUACCAGCCACCAGCAACGGCUCCGACUGCAGCCAGCUCGCCACCUUACGGCAGUUCCAUCGGGAACUCCGCAAUAUCAGCACCUGCCCAUGUGACAGCAGGUGGAUAUCAUCAUCGGGCGAACGUUCUGACUUGUUUGCCCUUGGCGAAUGGAAUACCUCUUGCCGACGGACCUCCAGCAGCGGCUGGUUACGAAUACUAUCGGUAUGCGAUCGAGACGGCGGAAAAUGUUGCCAGGCUGCAAUCUUCUCCACCGACAGUAUUUCCCGGCGGCUCCACAAUUCCAGCACCGCUUGAUGAUAAUCCCCAGGGCAACAUCACCGGCCCACCAAUCGAUUACAAUGGUUUGCAUCAACUGUUUCUGAAGUGUUGCUACAACGAAAUGAAACUGUUACCACCGGCGGCGGGUUCCGUUCCAAAUCCGACCACCGCCAUGUCGAGUAACGCAUCAGCGCCAACAUCGACCGGCACGAGUGUAUCAGGCGAUUCACCAGCGAAUGCUUACGAGUUCGACUGCUCCGAACCGAACAAAGCCAGACACUACCCGCUAACGAGCCAAUCCUGCCCAAGUUCGCCGGAUGGGUCCCACUGCCAUGCUGUGUCUCCUGCACUGCCACCGACUACGGUACCGUCCGCCUGCUCCACGCCAAACGAUGGUGGCAGCCCGUCGGCGAAACAGGACCGAGUGGAAGCUAGCGAUGAGGAUGUACACCCGAUGGAGGUUUGCAGCGACGAGGACGAGGCAAUGCAAAACGAUGCGGCCGGUCGGGUGGAUGAUGAUGAUGAACCGAAGGAUUUUAGUAUGAAAACGGUUGGAGUCCCGGAAGUGACGGUCGGCGGCAAUGGUGGAUGGCCGACGGGUGCGAGGGAUGGCAUUGAUAAGACGGCGUCGAAGCAGCCGACGGGCGAUGGUGGCAAACAAACGUCGAAAGCGCUUGAAGAUUGUAACAGAAAGGAGCUGAAGGCAGCACCGAAGAAGAAGUGGAUAAGGCAUUACAUGAAUGACGAGCCACUUGCUAAUGGUCAUUCCACGGCACCACCGUUGGUCGUGAUCGCGACCAACGGUACACAGCACCAUUCGAAGCAUCUGACCGUCAACCAUGUGGCGGUACCGAUCACGUCCAACAGCUCCCCGGUGACGAUUGACCUCUCCACCAAGGGCCUAAACCAUCAGCAAAACGCGCACUAUCAGCAACAGCAACACAACACCACCUCGGUGCAUCCGGUGCUCGGUCUCUCGACGACACCGCCAGCCUCGUCCACGCUGUCAUCGCUAUCCUCCUCUUCGUCCUCAUCCUCAUCGUCGUCGUCAUCGUCCUCCUCUUCCUCGUCGUCGUCAUCAUCGUCGUCGUCUUCGUCGUCGACGCUAACCGUAUCGCCGAUCGACGACUCGCAGUCGUCGCUAAACCUCAGCAACGGUUCCAGCACUGGUGGAUACAUUGCCAACCAUAGUGGCAAUGGUAGCGGCACAGCCACCGCAGGCAUCGGCAGCUCGUCACCGUUGCCACCGGGGUUGACCAGUGUGUUGCCGAUCAACAUCAACAGUGUGUUGCAGGCAACUGCUGUUGCUGCAGCUGCGGGAAGUACACUGAACGGAACGAGCCCCGUCCUCGGGGUGCCACAUCAUCCGACAGUGCAGCAUUUGCCGCUGGAACUGCAACAGCAGGUAGCAGCCGGGCUGUCGGUUUCGGCAAUCAAUUCGCAGGGUGCGACCGGUGCAGCUGCACUGUAUGCCAACAUCCCGACAGGAACGCGGCGAAGGACGACCAGCUCUAACAGCAAUGGUGUCGGUACGCGUGAGGUACACAAUAAGCUUGAAAAAAAUCGUCGAGCUCAUCUGAAGGAGUGCUUUGAGCAGCUGAAGAAGCAGCUAAGUCUGCAACCCGACGAGAAAAAGAUCUCCAAUCUGUCCAUACUGCACGCAGCCAUACGGCACAUACAGUUGCAAAAGCGCAAGGAGCGUGAGUACGAGCACGAAAUGGAGCGGUUAGCGAAGGAGAAAAUUGCGAACCAAAAUCGAAUUCUGGUGCUGAAGCGCGAAAUCACACAAAUGGGCGAUAUCGAUGUAUCCCGGCUGGCACCGGACACCGAUAUUACGCCAAACCCUACCAACGCCACUGGCAGUCUCAAUCUUGUCCAGUCCAGCAGCGUGCAAUCGGAGCGAGAUCAACAAUCAGAUAUAAUAGCCGUUGGAUCUACCAUACCGGGUCGUAACGGAAUUCGAUACAGUUCCAGUAGCUCGCUGUCCAGUAUAGCUACGAAUGCCUCCAUCAGUAACCUGCCGCUUCAAACGACAAUCUCUCCGGUGCUAUCUGUGUCAUCGCCAACACGUGCCAGUCCAGCACUUGCCCGAAGUUCGACGUCUCCUUUGUCGUCACUUUCGUCGUCCUCGCCGUCCUCGUCGGUAUCCUCCAGCUUAUCCGUUUCGUCUGCAGCAACGAACCUGUUGGUUCCACUCUCACUUACCACCAAGGGUAGCAGUAUGGAAGCGCACAACGUCAUACCGAGCAGUACCGGGCCGCAGACAACAUCGCUUAAAAUUACUGCCGCACCAUUGAACGGGCUUAAUCUGAGCAGUUCAACGCUGGCCAUGGUGAACGGUACAAGUAUAAAUGGUACGAACGUUACGUUAAACGGUACGACCACAACUACCGCACCGUUGCCCGUUAUUGUCGGUGCAAAUGGUGCGACAAAUAUAGUUGGCAUUGCCCAUUCGCAACUGCUGGCCACAACGACUGCGGCGGGCUCACCGGCCAUCCAAACCAUCCCACUGAACCUAAACGUAACAUCCGGCGCUGUAAGCAAUGGGUUGGGUGGUAAUGGACCCACCUCGAUCGCUAUUACGACCGCGAACACGGUCGGUGGAGUUAGCGGAGCGCUGAGUCUGCCCAGCCAGGCACUCCAGUUGACCAGCAAUGGUGGCAACGGCAUCAGUAGCAAUGGCGUGAACAGUACGGCAGUCGUCGGCACGAUGGCAAGAUCGGUAUACAACACGUCGACCAUUGCACCGACGCUGCCGACGGCGGCUACGACGACCAUGGUGCACGUGCCAGCCGUAGGUAGCAAAGAACUGAUCAACGGUACGAUCGGCAAGAACGGUACCGUACGGACUGAUAAUAGUAAGCUUGAGAUUAUCGCAACACAAUCACAACCCACCAACCAUAGCGCGGCCGUCAAUGCUACGGCGGCCCUCGACCCACCGGGAACGAAGGUUAUCACGAUCAUGAAUGGUAACACGUUCGCUCUGGCGCCGUUGGAUAAGGACAGUAAGAUGGGCGUUGUUUACAGUCCCAUCUUGUUGCCGACAUCGCAAGGACUCCGCGUGAUACAGCAAGCUUCGAAUGGAUUGGCAACGAUCGAGCUUGCACCGCCGAAUGGCGGGAAUCGUCUGCAGCUGCAUUUAACUCACUAA